AUGGCCUCGGCGGGCAGGACCUCUCUGUGGGCGAGAGCGGGCAGCCGGGACUUGGGAGCGGGCGCCCGGAGGGGAGCCCGUGCCCAGCCACCUUCACGUGGCUUCGUGCAGCGGGCGGACAGAGUCUCCUCGAAAGUCACCUGGAGUGACGCGGAGUCCCAGCAGCCCAGACCCACCGAGGAGCGGGCCCGGAGGGCGAUCCGGAGUUACUACGAGCUGUUUGCGGCCGCGGUGGGCAACGUCGAAUGGUUGCGGUUCUGUCUGGAUCGGGACCGCGAAGAAGUUCCGACUGACUACAAGGGCUUCACUGCCAUCCAUUUUGCUGCCCAACGGGGCAAGCUUGCCUGCCUGCAGAUUUUGAUAGAAGAGUACAACUUUCCUGUGGACCUGCCCACCAGCAAUAGCCAGACCCCUCUGCACCUCGUCAUCCACAAGGACAACAAGACCAUGGCACUCCCCUGCAUUUCCUACCUGCUUGAGAAAGGGGCAGCCCUCAACGCUCAAACAUGCAACGGCUCCACGCCACUGCACCUGGCAGCCCGCGAUGGCCUGCUGGGCUGUGUGAAGGUCCUGGUGCAGAGUGGUGCCGAUGUCCACGCCCAAGAUGCCAUGGGCUGCAAACCCAUCGAUUUCUGCAAAAUAAGGAACCACCGUGCCUGUGCCCGGUUCUUGAAGGAUGCCAUGUGGAAACGGGACAAGAGUGACUUUGCUCGUGAGAUGGGGAAACUGAAGAGGCUCAAGGACCAGCUGGCCCUCAUGGAGCAGAACUACCUGAUUGAGUAUCAAAAAAAGCACAAAAUUCUGAGAGAAGCUGAUUUCAAGAAGUGGCUCCAUUGCAAGCUGCUGUACCAAGGUCACUCUCUGGUCCCCAACACCAAGCAAGCCCAGGCCAUCACCCUCUCCAAGACCUCAGGGAACCAGGGAUCUCGGUGUUCUAAGAGUUUCCACCCCUCCGUGGAGGCACGCCUGCAAUGCAUACCACUGCCCACGGAGACGCCCAAGCCCACCUACACGCAGCCCAGGGUCAGGCGGCCCAUGAUGUGGAAUGUCAGCAACAACCCCGCCAGACACCCCAGCACCCACAUCAGCUUCCCGCAGGGCAUCCGCUUGGGGGUGCAUCCAGACCCCAGCCUGGAGCAUGACUUCAGCAGCUUCCUGGAGGUGACACCAGACGGGCACGGUGGCGCGCGGCUGCACACGGUGGACGGCCACUGGGUGGCGCCCGUGCCGCAGCUGCCUUUCGAGGUGGUGCUCCGUACACUGUACCCACGUGCACGGCCGUACAGGAUGAAGGUGCCCCAGGGCUUUCACUCCAUCGGCAUGGGGGAAGUGCCCCGGAAGCGGUACUUCGGUGAUGACACCUUCUGGACAGACACUCUGGCCAUGAACCUGCGUCAGACAUUUGACGAAGCCUUCCUGGCAGCCGUGCGAGCUCAUCAAAGGCUCCCUGCCUUGCCCUCCCCUAAAACCAACCCAUAAAGUUAUUUUGGUAGCCUCUCCUCCUGAGGCAGCCCAGUGAA